AUGGCGCGUCUCGGUCGCGUUGGGUUUCUCACCAUCGCGGUGGUCUUCCACCUCAUCUAUUCCUAUUCGAUCUUUGAUAUAUACUUUGUCAGUCCGAUCGUGAACGGAAUGAGGUCGUACCGCGUCGAGCGGGAACCCGGAGUCGAGGCGCCGGCCAAGCGGCUUGUCCUGUUCGUCGCGGAUGGUUUGCGCGCCGACAAGGCGUUUCAAGCAUUGCCAGAUCCAGAUGAACCGGCGGAUUCCACGCACACUGACCCAAUCUACCUCGCACCGUUCAUCCGAUCCCGCGUCCUUUCCCACGGCACCUUUGGCAUUUCGCAUACUCGAGUCCCCACCGAGUCGAGACCCGGUCAUGUGGCGCUGAUCGCUGGGUUAUAUGAGGAUGUCUCCGCAGUGACGACGGGAUGGAAACUGAACCCGGUGAACUUUGACAGCGUGUUCAAUCGGAGCCGACACACCUGGAGCUGGGGCAGCCCGGAUAUCCUGGCGAUGUUCAAGGAGGGCGCCGUCCCCGGUCGUGUCGAUGCGGACAUGUACUCGGAGGAGGAGGAGGACUUCACCUCGGAUGCGAGAAAACUGGAUAUAUGGGUGUUUGACAAGGUCAAGGAGUUGUUUGCUGCGGCGAAGAAGGACCCGGAAUUGGAUGCGCGACUGCGGGAGGACAAGCUGGUCUUCUUCUUGCAUCUUCUCGGAAUCGACACGACCGGACACUUUCACCGACCUUACUCAAAGGAAUACCUGCGGAACAUCAAGCUGGUGGACAGUGGAGUCAAGGAGAUUACAAAACUGGUUGAGGACUUCUAUGGAGAUGACAAAACGGCGUUUAUCUUCACGGCGGACCACGGAAUGAGUGAUUGGGGCAGCCAUGGGGAUGGUCAUCCUGACAAUACUCGAACUCCGCUGGUGGCUUGGGGGUCUGGUGUGGCCCGUCCCGAGUACUACGAGGGUGACGGUCUAUCCGGCCACGAGGAUGGAGUUUCCGCGGAUUGGGGUCUGGAGAGUGUUCGACGCCAUGACGUUGCCCAGGCCGAUGUUGCCGCGCUCAUGGCAUACCUGGUGGGCCUUGACUUUCCCACGAAUUCUGUCGGUCAGCUGCCUUUGGAGUACCUCAAGGCUAGCCCGGAGGAGAAGGCAUCCGCUACUCUUGUCAAUUUGAAGGAGGUUCUGGAAAUGUACCGCGUCAAGGAGGAGCAGAAAAAGGCGGUGCUUCUGCGAUACAAACCAUUUAAGCCCCUUGCAGGCACGUCGGCUAUUGAAGCACAGCUUGAGGAGAUAGAAUCCUUGAUUGCGAGCGGCUCUUACGACGACUCCAUCGAGAAAUCGUCCGCUCUAUUGGCUACGACCUUGGAGGGUUUGCGAUACCUCCAGACGUACGACUGGGUCUUCUUACGUACGAUUGUUACCUUUGGAUAUCUGGGAUGGAUUGCAUACGCUUUGACGACGGUCAUCGAUUUGCACGUCCUACGGGGCGUAUCUGACUCGAACCGCACACUGACCAGCACGAUCUUCUUCUCUUCCAUCCUUGUUGCGCUCUUCUCGGUUCUGGUGUACCAGAAAUCUUCUUGGCGAUAUUAUUUAUACGCCGCAUUCCCCAUCUUCUUCUGGGAAGAAGUCUUUGCCCGUCGGAAAGCCCUUGUUGCUGGACGUGAGAUCCUAUUGGGCCAUGUCAGUUCGGCUAGCGGCUAUAUCACGUUUGGGGCUCAAUUAUUGAUGUUUCUGGGCGUGUUGGAGGCAUUGGUCCAAUCCUAUUUCCAACGAGAGAUUUACACUGUCUGCUUCAUCCUGGGCGCUUUCUGGCCACUGGCGUACGGAACAGGAUUCCUGAAGAAGAACAAGCUACUGUGCGCUUCAUGGACUGUGGGGUGUCUUCUGAUGAGCACCUUCACUCUACUUCCCGCUGGGAAAACCGAGGACAUUAAUAUGAUAACGGUUGGGGCUCUGUUGAUGUUCUUCACCGGCCUCCUCUAUCUGCUGCUCGAGGACGAUAUCCUGGGGCAGACGGCAAUCUCCAGCUGUGGAUCGCGCACUGUUAUGGGCAUUCAGGUCGGAAUGGUCCUGCUAGCCCUAGUAGUGACGAGAUCUAGUGCCGCAUCUCUGCAAGCGAAACAGGGUCUUCCCUUUGGUAAUCAAGUGGUCGGAUGGUCUAUCCUAGUUGCUUCGCUUCUGCUGCCGUUCCUGCACCGGCUGUACCCCAACAGCCACUACCUGCACCGGUUGAUGGUGAUUUUCCUCACCUUCUCGCCGACUUUCAUCAUCCUCACCAUUUCAUAUGAGGGGUUGUUUUACUUUGUGUUUUGCAUGACGCUUAUCACAUGGGUCCGCUUGGAGCAUGCCAUCUACGUGAACACUGCCGCCCCUCGGGUCGUGCAGGGCUCUGCUGCAGGGUCAGAUACUGUCACCGCGAAGAAGCCCGCCACGAAAGCCACCACGGUCGUGGAAGGCCACGCGUACGGAUAUCGCACGCUUAGCGUUUCAGAUGCACGUGUGGCACUGUUCUUCUUCUACCUCCUCCAAUCCGCCUUCUUCAGCACGGGCAACAUCGCGUCGGUGUCGUCCUUUUCGAUGGAGAGUGUCACCCGGUUGAUUCCGGUGUUCAAUCCUUUCGCGCAAGGCGCCCUGUUGAUUCUGAAGCUGCUGAUUCCGUUUGCGAUCAUCAGCGCGAAUCUGGGGAUUUUGAACCGGCGCCUGGAGGUCGCGCCGAGCGCGCUGUUUAUGGUGGUGAUGUCCAUCUCGGACGUGAUGACGCUGAACUUUUUCUACAUGGUGCGGGACGAGGGCUCGUGGCUGGACAUUGGCACGACGAUCAGUCAUUUCCUGAUUGCCAGCUUACUGUGCACGUUUGUGGCGGGGCUGGAGUUUUUGAGCGAGGCUUUUGUUGGAGGCGUGGAGUUUGGCUCCGUGGACGCUGCUGUGACGGCGACGAAUGGAGUGGUGGGGAAUGGACGUGCCACGAAGGGAGAGGGCAAGUAG